GACCGGGCGCGGGCAGAGCGCGGCGGCGCGGGUGUAUUCUAGAGAAUAAGUCUUCAAACAUCUUUGCCAUAUUGACUCCGAGUUGCCAGGGGACUCAGGCUUAUGAGGAGGUACUGUCACACAAAACAGUGUCUAGUGAAGACGACAAGAAAGUGGGGAAAGGAUUGGAAAAAGAAGCUAAAACGCUAUAGAAAACCAUGAGAUCUAUUAGAUCUUUUGCCAAUGAUGAUCGCCAUGUUAUGGUGAAACAUUCAACAAUCUAUCCAUCUCCGGAGGAACUUGAAGCUGUUCAGAAUAUGGUGUCUACUGUUGAAUGUGCUCUUAAACAUGUGUCAGAUUGGCUCGAUGAAACAAAUAAAGGCACAAAAACAGAGGGUGAGACAGAAGUGAAGAAGGAUGAGGCCGUAGACACCUAUUCCAAGGAUCAAGGUGGUCGGACAUUGUGUGGUGUAAUGAGGAUUGGCCUGGUUGCAAAAGGCUUGCUGAUUAAAGAUGAUAUGGACUUGGAGCUGGUUUUAAUGUGCAAAGACAAACCCACAGAGACCCUGUUAAAUACAGUCAAAGAUAAUCUUCCUAUUCAGAUUCAGAAACUCACAGAAGAGAAAUACCAAGUGGAACAAUGUGUAGAUGAGGCUUCUAUUAUAAUUCGGAAUACAAAAGAGCCCACGCUAACUUUGAAGGUGAUACUUACUUCCCCUCUAAUUAGGGACGAAUUGGAGAAGAAGGAUGGAGAAAAGGUUGCGAUGAAAGAUCCUCCGGACUUAUUGGACAGGCAGAAAUGCCUGAACGCCUUGGCGUCUCUUCGACAUGCCAAAUGGUUUCAGGCAAGGGCAAACGGAUUAAAAUCAUGUGUAAUUGUCCUCCGCAUUCUGCGUGAUUUGUGCAACAGAGUUCCCACAUGGGCACCAUUAAAAGGAUGGCCACUAGAGCUUAUAUGUGAAAAGUCUAUAGGUACUUGUAAUAGACCUUUGGGCGCUGGGGAGGCCUUGAGACGAGUAAUGGAGUGUUUGGCAUCUGGAAUACUACUUCCUGGGGGUCCUGGUCUACAUGAUCCUUGUGAGCGAGACCCAACAGAUGCUCUCAGCUAUAUGACCGUCCAGCAAAAGGAAGAUAUUACCCACAGUGCACAGCAUGCACUCAGACUAUCAGCCUUUGGCCAGAUUUAUAAAGUGCUGGAGAUGGACCCCCUUCCAUCUAGUAAGCCUUUUCAGAAAUAUUCCUGGUCAGUUACUGAUAAAGAAGGUGCUGGGUCUUCAGCUCUGAAGAGGCCAUUUGAAGAUGGAUUAGGGGAUGAUAAAGAUCCCAAUAAGAAGAUGAAACGAAACUUACGGAAAAUUCUGGAUAGUAAAGCAAUAGACCUUAUGAACGCACUAAUGAGACUAAAUCAGAUCAGGCCUGGUCUUCAGUAUAAGCUCUUGUCUCAAUCUGGCCCUGUUCACGCCCCAGUCUUCACAAUGUCUGUAGAUGUGGACGGUACAACAUAUGAAGCCUCAGGACCAUCCAAGAAAACAGCAAAACUUCAUGUAGCAGUGAAGGUGUUACAAGCAAUGGGAUACCCAACGGGCUUUGACGCAGAUAUUGAAUGUAUGAGUUCCGAUGAAAAAUCAGAUAAUGAAGGCAAAAAUGAAACAGUGUCUUCAAACUCAAGCAAUAAUACUGGAAAUUCUACAACUGAAACCUCCAGUACCUUAGAGGUCAGAACUCAGGGCCCUAUCCUCACAGCAAGUGGCAAAAAUCCUGUCAUGGAGCUCAAUGAAAAAAGAAGAGGUCUUAAGUAUGAACUCAUCUCGGAGACUGGUGGAAGCCAUGACAAACGCUUUGUAAUGGAGGUAGAAGUAGAUGGACAGAAAUUCAGAGGUGCAGGUCCAAAUAAGAAAGUGGCAAAGGCAAGUGCAGCUUUAGCUGCCCUGGAGAAGCUGUUUUCUGGACCCAAUGCAGCAAAUAAUAAGAAAAAGAAGAUUAUCCCUCAGGCAAAGGGUGUUGUGAAUACAGCUGUGUCUGCAGCAGUCCAAGCUGUUCGGGGCAGAGGAAGAGGAACUCUAACAAGGGGAGCUUUUGUUGGGGCUACAGCUGCUCCUGGCUACAUAGCUCCAGGCUAUGGAGCACCGUAUGGUUACAGCACAGCUGCCCCUGCCUAUGGUUAAUACUUUUAAGCAGUUUUCAGCACGUUUAUCUCACUUUAUUCUCGUUCUCCUCGGACCUUCGUAGCCAUAUCACUUGUAUAAAAUAGGCUGAGAUCUAGUGACUGUAAGCUGUGGUCUCAGUAAACAAAGGUAAGCUCUUUUAUUUUCUGAUUAAAGAGAAAAAUAACUAAAAGUCAAUGAACACAACGUGCAUAUAUGACAAUCAUACAGGAUGUAUUUGAUCUCUUAGGUCUUAUGUCAUCAUAUUACCUUUAAAAUUUUUAUGAUCUAAAUGUAAAAUAGUUAUUUUCAGCGUUUGUUUUAAUACCCUUGUAAUUACUUUUUAUUCAAGAGAGACAUUUCACUUUUACGAGUUAAAUGUGUAUAUGUGUGUAGAAACUUACGAUAUUACAUGUAUGUGAAUUACACACAUGGACCUGUUUAAAUAAAAGAAUUCGGUGGUGGGGAGUUCACCUGAGAAGACUUUAACGUCAGGGCACUCUUCUGGCCAAAGUGCUGGAAUUCUAUAAGCCGCGAGGUUGGUAACAUUGCCCGUAGGACCCAUUUACACGUAGCUGUUACACAAACGGAGGAUCAAAGUGCCAAUUUCUCAAGGAGAGAAAUUUUUCUGAGAAAUGAAAAUCUCUGAUCUGUGUUGUAUGCCCUAAUACAACAGCAGCAAGAAGCCAUAAAAAGAAAAAGCAAUAGAAAACAAACAAAAAAACCAAAAUAUUAAGGUAACUAUGGAAGAAUAUGUAAUUGACUGAGUUAAGCUAUUUGUAGAACCAACUUUGGCAAGACUCAGAAUGGUAAAUACCCAGUCUGCAGAGACCAAAUAGACAGAAGGCAGUUCGUCUAUCUGUCUUUUCCAGGUUAGGCAGCUAGACGAUUGAUUUCCCACCUGACACAGCCAUCAUGGAGUUCAUUUAAAAGAUGGGAGGGUUAGGCCAAAUAUUUUAGUAAGGGUUUGCUUCAUUUAGUGUGUCCCAUAAAUACAUUUCAUAUGUGUUAGAUGUUCUUUGCUGAGGCCAUAUUUGAUAUAUAGAGAUUAAAAUGAAUUUCAUGUUUUAUAUGUCUCUAAGUAGCAGUUUUCUUGUUAUUACUAACUUUGAAGGUUGCUGGAACAUUUUUUCCCCGUACAAAACCUGUAUUACGUCGAAUGUGGUUUUGGCAUCUAUAGAAGGUUGUAUGAGGUCUAGCUAACUAGUACUACAUACAUUCCAGUCCUUAUCGAGCAGCCGGGGUGCCCGUUAUGUGCCAGGUCCUUCUCUGGGUACUAGCGAAACAGUGUCUCUGCCCCGUGAAAACAUUUCAAGUUCGAGAGUCUCCUUGUUGGUGGAAUUGGGCCGAUUAUAAACGUCCUAGGGUGGGAGACACAUGGUGCAUUAGCAGUGUCAAAAGAUAAGUAACUGGGUUGGUAGUUUAUAAAUUAUCUAGUAAUGUAGGCCCUCUGGUAUCACUGAACUGGCCUGGCCAUCAUUUGGAAAUUCACUCAUUUUAAAUAUUUCCCUGGCAGUUUUGAGAGCCUGAAACCAACUCUGGUUUAUGUUCAUGGCCCUCUCUCCAAGUAAGUGAAUGGAAUGAAAUGACGAACAAAUAUUCCAGUCCUUUAAAGCAGUUUUUAUAGUAUAGCAGGGACCAUAGUGGUUGCUUUAAACACUGACACCAUUUUUUCGAUGACAAGUGAGGGAAAUUUUACCCUUAUAAUCAUCAUUCAUUAUAACUUACCUGUUUGUUAGAUUUCUUUAAUAACUGCAGUGGAGGCAAAUCUUCAGUAGUGAGUUAGGGGAAUGAACUAAGAUUUGCAGAUGCGCCCGCACCCAUUCCCCCCAGCAGUUAGAUUUCUAGCAAUCUAGAGCCCGAGGAACUAGGGACAUUAGGAGCAGUUAAAGCUGCUCUGUGAAUGGUCCUCCGGUACCUCCCACUCAGCACAGGCCGGUGCGUCCUGGGGGCGGUGGGGUUAGAGGGAGCAGGGGGCAGGGUCUCUCUGAAGUCCUCAGAGCAAGAAACGUCCUGCUGUAUUUGUACUUGCAAACUAUAAGGAUCUGAUGCCAUGCAGUGACCAGAGGUUUCUCAGUGUUACUAGGAGGCCUGGAAGGGAGACAGGUAGCGAACGAGUAACGGCCAGAGUUAAGUUACUGCCUGCUGCUGGGAUGCGGUGCAGCAUGGAUGUCUCUAGCGGGAGCUUACAGAGCGCACGCUAGUACUUCUUACGUAAGAAGCUGUCUCUUCCCUUCCUCAUCCCAUCUUCCAGAGAGGCGGUUUUAAGUCAAGAACUGAAGUUGAGUUAGCUGUAAGAAUAGAUAUCCUUUCCCACAUUAUCAUUUUAGGUAGGAGCUAACAGCUUCCAUUGAUACUUGAUGCAGUGAUCUUUGGAGAUUUUUAAAAAAUAGCUCCAUACUGCAAAUUAGGUUAUGUAAGCUUUACAGCAUAGCUAGAAAUAGGGAGUAGAAACCAUGUGGGAAUCUGGGCCAAAGCAUUUCUCUCCCUCCAGCAAAUUCCCAUGAGGCUUGGGGAUUAGAUGAGUUAAUUCACGUAAGGUGCUUGGAAUAGUACCUGGUGCACAGUAAGUACUCAGGAAAUGUUGACAGUUCCUAUCACGGUUGGCUGAAGGGACAGAAGGCAUGUGAGGGAGGCAGCGAGCCUGUGCUGGCAGGUAGGGGAGAAGCCAGUGCAUGGCCUGCUCAGGGGGAGCUGCAUUGGUUCCUUGGUAUUUAUAGGUUUGGGGUGCUUCCACACUUUGAGAGAGGACCCCUGGCAUCUGGGGACUAAACAGGAAGCAUAAAGCAAACACUUAGCGGGAGAGGUAGUGUGGGGAGGUCGCUGCAGAUCCGUGCUGACUGAAAAUGCUCGCGUUUCUAUGGUGGUGGUGAAAUCGCUGGCUGGUCUCCUGCCAGGGAGUUGGAAAUACUUGCUUAGGGAUGUAAGUGUGCUUAGAACUUCAAAAGGGCUGAGCUUAGGACAUCACCGGCUGAUUCCAGCUUUCUUCCCAGUGCAUUAAUAAGAAAAAGAGGUGUGUGAUUGCAGCUGGCAUGGGAAGCCAACAUCCAGAGCUGGCCAGUGUUUGGCAGGUAGAAAGCAAGUUGUUAUAAACCACAGAAAGAGGAGCCUGGGUGGCAUGCCUAGAAGGCCACGGACUUCUCUAGAAGUCAGUCUAGAAGGCCGAUGCUUCUCUGCACAGCAUUCCUGCAGCAUCUCUCUCCCAGUCCGCUUCAGCGCUUUGGAACAAAUUGGCACUCGUCACCACGUGAGGCCUCCCGGGUGUGUGAAUCUUAGGAAAAACACGUCUGCCUGUCCAUCCAUCUCCUUCUCUUUUUGGAAAAGGAAAGAUGGGUAGAUGGUCAGACGGGCGCCGCCGGUUAUACAGCUGCUGGUCUCCUUCUGUGAGGGCUUUGGUUGCCCUGAGGAAGGGUGGGCAGGAGCGUGCGUCCCUGUCUGUGAGCAGGUGGUACUGCACGCUCAGUGGGGAUUACAGACUGAGUUCUCUCUCUCUUUUUUUUAGGUUGAAUUCUGUGACGCUCUAAGUUUAUAAAAACUGUGUAGACAGGGACUGAGCAUUACCUUUAAAGGCAAAUAAGACAGGCUUGCAUGAUAGUCAGGAGGGUUUUUUGUUUUUUGUUUUUUUUCCUUUUAAUUGUACCAAAGGCAUUUAUUGUUUGCAGUGGUAAGUGAAAGAGGAGGGGACUCAGCAGCCCCCAGCUCCAGGGGGAACUCCAAAGACCUGCUCUCUCACUGCAGCCCCAAAGCGGAAGGCUUUUCUUGACUCCAAGAGAUACUCCUAUAACUAAUGUCCUGGCAGAAGCCACCGCGUGCCCCAGCUGUGGCUGUUUGGAGGAGCCACUGCCUCAAUGAGCCAAGACUGAGGGAGGCCUUUGUUUCCUUUUUUCUUUCCUCCUCUCCCCUGCCACCCCCCCGCCCCCCGCCUUGACCAGUCAGUUUAACUUGGUCCUUCUAAGGAGAGUCUUGGUCUUUACUUGGCAGAACUUUGCCUUUUCUGCAGACGGCGCUGCCUUUGCUGGGGUAUCGUCGGCCCAGGCAGCUGGAGGGAGGCCGGCUAGCGCGUCCCAGCCAGAGGUGUUGGCCGUGCCUCCUUGGCUGCUUCUGGUCCACAGGAGGCAGCGGUAGCCUGGCCGCGGAGCGGGCAUUCUCUUAGCACGGCCUCAGGGCCGGUCUCUCAGUCUUGGUCUGGUUUCACCUACCGUGAGCCUGCGGGAGGUUGGGAAGAACGGUCUCUGCCUUACCUGUCAGCUAAAUGUUUUCAGGGAGUGAAGGCAAUAACAGCCUUCCGUUUAAGUUAUUUUGGGCUGCGGGCAGCGGCAGAUUGAAGGAACAGAAGAAAGAAAAGGAAGAAAUGCUCAAAUUGCUCUCUUGUGUGGGCCAGGCACUCAGACAUUCUUCUCCAACAAGCUUCUUGGAGGUAGGAUUCUUGUUUUACAACAGAAGAGACCGAGGCUCGGAGUUAAGCACUAGAGUUAGGAAUGAAACCCCACUGUGUGUGAUGCUAAAGCCUCGUUCCGUCACGCCCCGCGCGCAGUGGGUGCCGUCUGGACCAAGGAGAGGGGAGCACUGUGUGGCCGGAAGGAGGUGCAGGCAGUGGGCCGGGUCGAUCGGGGCCUCCGGGGCACAGGGCCUUGAGCUCAAAGGCUCCUGUGCUGAAGCCAGGCUCUCUGACUUGAGGUUGUUCUGGACCAGAUAUCCUGGGCUUUUAGGGCUAUUUUCUGUUAGACCAAUUGGAUUAGGUGGUUUAAUAAACUGGAAAGAUAGGAGAUAAGAAAGAUAGAAGACUAAGGUGUGGCUGCAUUUUAAACAAAGGAAGCUGUUGUACUUCAAGCUUGUUUUUUCUGUUUGAAUAUCAAUGAGCACUUGAGGUCUUUGCUUGCAUUUAGCUAAUGGUUUGUUUAUUGGUAAUGGGAGUGCUUUGAAGACUUGAGCCUGGUGAGGUUUUGAGUUAUGGGGUAAAAGGAAGAGGAGCCCAGGGUGCUGGCAGCCCAGGUUUGAGGGGUCCUGGGGAAGUGGCAGGGGGCAGUGGCCUGUCCUGAUCAGCAGGACUUUCCCAGUCGAGGCUUCAGGACAGGCCGCCAGCCUGAAGGUAGCAGGCAGGCCCCUGCCCCAACCCCGGUUGGGCCGUGAUUGGUGAUCCCCACUGGGGUGGCUUGGAGGUCUUGUGAGCCACUCUGCCGCCCCUGUCCCUUCUCCCAUUGCUGCACACCCGGCUGCUGGCUCCUUUGCUGAUGAUGGCCACUUGGGUCUCUGCCGGGGGAUGGAGACCGAAUCCUCUCCGGGGCAGAACAGUUCUCCCUCACCACAGGGCACGGUCCUUGGCAGUAGGCCGUUUCUCCGUGCCGUCUGCCAGGAUGCUGGAGGGGAGCAGGAGGAAGGAACUGUUUGAAACCCCGGUUGCCUGAGUUCCAGAACAGUGACUUGUGUGUGAGCAGGGUGAGCACCUGUCCCAACGCUCCCUUAGCAGUUCUUUCCCAGGGGCCGCGUCCUGCGCCGCUCCUGCGGUUUGGAGAAGCCGCGGCGUGUGCUUCGUUUCCACGGUGCGGACCAGGACGCAGAAGCCCACAGACCUCGCCAAGCCACCCAGCUUGUUUGUGGCCAAACACUGUGGCUCCUAGUAAGUGAGUUUUUAACCACACAGAAGAAAUAACAUGUCUUCCACUGUUUGUGGAGUUAACAGAAGCCCUUUCUUAGAGAUGAGAUUUAAAUUACACCACAACUGUGGGACCCAGAAAUGAUCUCCUUUUACAGAUGGAAGAAAUGGAGGCUUAGCCACAAUGACCUGCCCCAAAUUACACAGCCCUGCCACCGGCUCAGCUCGGCCCCCCGGCCUGAUAGCACUCACCGUGCGCAGUACUGGUGGUUUGUGAUCCUGCGGGGCGCUGCUGCCCGCCCCCUUUUCCAAACCGCCGGGCUGCCGGUUCCCCUCGGCGCUGUGAUGCAUUCCACGGGCCUCCCUUCCAGCUCCUGGAGUAGAUCCCUUGUGGUUGGAAACAAAAUAAGCAGAAACCUACGCUCCCCCUCCUUCCCUUACCCCCUGCCAUGUGGGGAGAAAAGAAUCCCGACUUCAGGCUUACUGGUCCGGUUCCUUUGGAGAACUGUUUGUGAGCUCGCCCCGGGCCAGGGGACGGACAGGUUAGCCUCAGCUCCAUGUUUCCGCACCAUCUUUUUUGCUCCGUAACCGGACUCUGCCACCACGUGCAAGUCAGCGAUGGCUGUUGGAGACCCCCAGGGGCCGGUGGGGGGCGCAGGGUGCGGUUAGGGUUGUACUUUGUGUAUUCAGCUUCACCGGCAUUUUGGCUGUCAUCUGUCUCUGCCCAGGCCUUCGGUGUGUGCUCCGACCAAAGGGGUCACCCUCACAGUGACACAUACCUGAGUGCUCUGAUGCUGGGAUCUUGUCGGACCCAUCCAUUAUGGAGACGGUCUCAGAAGUUGCUCAGCUUUCUAACACCCCUCAUGUCCCUAGAGGCUACAUAAGGAAAAUAUUGUGGACAUCUAGGAUGUGAGAAACCUCUGGAAGGUGGCACCUGGGGAACUCUGGAAAGCUGAAAGCCCCUCAAAAAGAGAUUCACUGAGAUUGAGGAAGGGGAGGACUUAUCCCUUAGCUAUUUAAAAGGGUUCUCUUUACUUGUAUGUGGCUCUAGAAGGGUAAGGAUGGUUAUAGAAAGCCGGUCGGGCAUUUUGGACUAAUGUGUGCUUCCCAUGAUGACAGGGCUGCCCUGGGAGAUUAGGUAUGGUGAGAAGCGGGGCCCGUGGUACCAGGAACGUUCAAGCAAGCUGUUGGCACAGUGCAGAGGAAUUCCUCGCAUGGGAUAUCAGGUUUGGAGGGAACACUGACGCAUAUGGGGACACUGUUGAGAGCGCUUCUCCCCUCUUGGACAUAGGAGUCGUUGAGAAAUCUUCACUGUCACUGCUGCUGCUUACCGCGCUCUGCGGUGGGGCAGAAGGAACAGCUGGAGAGAACGGGAGGGUUUUCGGCGUAGACUGCAGAGUAGAAGGUGAGCCCGUUGCCCGAGAGGCGUUGCCUGGGCGUCUGAACAGAUCAGCGCCGUCUCUGUGGUGGGCAAAAACUCGGGCGGGCCUUCCGCUCAGUGCAGGAGCCGGGCCUGUGAGGGCGGAGGACCCGAGCGGCCCUGACUGGAGUGCCGGAGUCUUCCCCCUGAGACGGCCACCCGAGCUGGGUGGGAGUCUGCCAGGAGGGUCGUGAGAGCUUUGAAGAAAGGGCUGGCGUGGCAGCGGGGGGCUGGGGGGGGGGGGGGGCGGCGGGGGGG